CAACCACACCCCACUUCUACUCCUUUCCUCUCAUAACGCCUCCUCAAAUACUACCACCAAAAUGUCCCUCCAAAACAACCGCGCCAUCCCCAUCCUCAACCACGCCUACGAGCACAAAUACGGCGUCCCGGCCAUGUGCUGCUACAACCUGGAAGGCAUCCUCGCGACCGUCCGGGCCGCCGAAAAGCUCCGCUCGCCCGCCAUGAUCCUGCUCUUCCCCUGGGCGAUCAACUACUCCUCGGGCAUCCUCGUCCGCGCCGCCGCCGAAGCGGCCCGCACCGCCAGCGUCCCCAUCACCGUCCACCUCGACCACGCCCAAACACCCGAAAUCAUCCGGCAAGCAGCGAACAUCACCCCCGGCUUCGACAGCAUCAUGAUCGACAUGUCGCACUACGAGAAAGCAGAGAAUCUGGCACUGACACGCGAACUCGUCGCAUACUGCAACGAGCGAGGGAUCGCGACGGAGGCCGAACCGGGACGGAUUGAGGGCGGGGAGGACGGGAUUGCAGACACGGUGGAUUUGGAGGGGGUAUUGACGACACCGGAGGAGAGUGAGGAGUUUGUGGACACGGGGAUUGAUUGGUUGGCGCCGGCGUUUGGGAACGUGCAUGGGAGUUAUGGGCCCAGGGGGAUUCGGUUGGAGUAUGAUCGGUUGGAGGGGGUUCGGGAGAGGGUCGGGGAGAGGGUGAGGUUGGUGUUGCAUGGGGCGGAUCCGUUUGAUCGGGAGAUCUUUCGGAGGUGUAUUCAGGCCGGGGUGAGUAAGGUGAAUAUUAAUAAGGUGUUGAAUAAUGAGUGGGUGGCGGUCGUGACGGGGGGGAAGGGGAAGGGCAUGACGGUCUUGAUUGAGGAGGCGACGGAGAGGAUGCAGGCGGCGGUGGAGAGGUGUAUUGAUUUGUUGGGGUCGGGGGGGAGGUAUCCUUGAUCUAGACUUUUCUUGGUUGCUGCUUUUGGGGGAGGUUGGGUGGUGGGUUGGAUAGAGUGAGAGGUGAGGAAUGGUAUUGUCUUGGUAUUUUUUGUAUUUGCUCCUGCUGCAUUGGGAUACUGUUGUUGAAUAUGUAUCACCUGAUCCUGUCGCCCUCUGUCCGUCUUUCUCCAGCUGUAUCGCCACCUUCUUCUUCGCACUGAGCAUCUGCCUCAAUCAGAGGUGAGAACUACGCGAAUCUCCGUCCAGUUUCUCACUAUCAGUCUGUGGACUCACUUCUCUUGCCCCAGCAAAUGAUACCAGAUCUGGAUUAAGUGGAGACGCCCCGGGCAUAAUCCUUGAGAUAUCCAGCCAUGGUUUUGU